AUGAUUUCCAACUCACCGGUUCAGCCUUCUAACUCUGGGAUUCAAGCCCUCGCAGACCGCAUCAAGAACGGCCAAAUCACCCGGGUUGUCGUCCUGGCUGGCGCUGGAAUCAGUACCUCAGCCGGGAUUCCCGACUUCCGCACCCCAGGAACAGGUCUCUACGAUAAACUUGCACCACUGCAUCUUCCAUAUCCGGAAGCUAUAUUCUCUAUCAGCUACUUCGCACAUACGCCUGAACCGUUCUAUGCAAUUGCCCGAGCGCGCCAUCCCGCAAAUCUUAAGCCAACCAUCUCCCACGCUUUCUUGGCGCUGCUGGCGAAAAAGAACAUUUUGCAUUACCUGUUCACCCAGAAUAUCGAUGGCCUUGAAGAAGAUGCGGGGGUUCCGGUAGACAAGGUGCUCUGGACACAUGGCAAUUGGAAAAGCCAGCAUUGUCACAAGUGUCAUGCGGAAUAUCCAGAUGAUCUGAUGAAUGAAGCCAUCAAAACUGGUGAGGUGCCUUAUUGUCUCAAGGCAGAGUGCGGAGGCGCAGUGAAGCCCGAUGUAGUAUUCUUCGGGCAGUCUCUUCCCGCCGAGUUCGAAGAUAGGCAGAAGAUGGUCGCGGAGGCGGACCUCAUGCUUGUCAUAGGGACUAGUUUGAAGGUUGCGCCUUGCUCACAAUUACCCCGCCUGGUGAAAGAGGGCGUUCCAAGGAUUCUUAUCAACAUGGAGAAGGCCGGAGAUCUGGGAAAUAGGACCCAUGAUCUGUGUAUUCUGGGGACCUGUGACAAUGGAGUACGCGAGCUUGCGGAUGCCUUGGGAUGGAGAGAUGAGCUGGAAACUUUGUGGAAGAACGCAGUGGAUGCCAAAGUCGAUUUUAAGGAUCUUGAAGGUGGUCCGACUCUAGAUGAGUGCAUUUCCAAAAUUGCGAGCACAAUGAAUGAUAAGAUGAAGAUUUCUAAUGGGCAUAAGCGCAUGCUGGAAAAUCAUCUUACUAGCAAGUUUGCUCAAAUGAUGGCGCAACCGCCUGCACAACCAUGA